GAGUAACUAUAUGUUGCGGUCAAUCACACGUUGGUAACAUUGCAUCAAAUCAAAAUGGCGUCGAUGAACUGAAGUUUGAUGAUUGCACAUGGAAAGAUAACGCACAUUUUGGUGUGAAGUGGAGAAAACAGUCGCAGACGUUCUCGUGCCGUGGGAGUGAAGCGCGCCCCGUUACCAAUGUCUGAGCACCAGUCGGCUCUGCUCCUGCGCAAGCAACUGGCGGACCUGAACCGGAACGCGGUCGAGGGCUUCUCGGCCGGCCUCAUAGACGAGAGCGACAUCUACAAGUGGGAGGUGCUGAUCAUCGGGCCCCCCGACACGGUCUACGAGGGCGGCUUCUUCAAGGCCCACCUGUACUUCCCCGUCGAGUACCCGCUCCGACCCCCGCGCAUGAAGUUCAUCACGGAGAUCUGGCACCCCAACAUCGACAAGAGCGGGGACGUGUGCAUCUCGAUACUGCACGAGCCGGGCGACGACAAGUGGGGGUACGAGAAGGCGUCGGAGCGCUGGCUGCCCGUGCACACCGCAGAGACGAUCCUCAUCUCCGUCAUAUCGCUGCUGGCCGACCCCAAUGACGAGAGCCCCGCGAACGUGGACGCCGCGAAGGAGUGGCGCGAGAACUACCCCGAGUUCAAGCGCAAGGUUGCACGCUGCGUGCGCAAGAGUCAAGAAGAGAGCAUGUAGGAAGAAAAGGAUUAAGUUUAUUCAAAAUCAUUACGAACAUGGGGACGUUUACAACUGUCUGAUGAACUUUCCAAGUGAGUUCGGAAACUGAAAUAAUGCUGGUAGUUUUCAAAUUUCGCAGAGGUUACAGCUGACUCAGAAGCCUUUGGUUGCAAGUGUUUGUCACCUUUUGAUCUGGCUUAAAUGAUUAUCAGUGCUCUGUAGUUAACUACUGUCUUAAAUAUUACAAUUCACUUUUGUCUUAAUCGCGGCAGUUAUGUUUUUAGUUUGGGUGUAUUACAGCUCAUGUUUAGUUGUUGUUUAUUUAUGUUAAAAUAAAUCAUCCUUGCAUUGCUUAACUUCGGUGUAAUUUAAUGAACUCAUAGUAAAAUUUUUGUGGCUGUAUGACAUUUUUUCUGGGUGAAAAGUGAAUGAAAAAUAUAAAAUUUUGCCUUCCACUAGUGUGCAAUUUGUUGAAGGUUGUUAAUGCAUGAUAUAAUCACCAGCGAAAACCUAAUACAUUUUCUACAGUGGUGUAAACCAGUGGGGUGGCUCGUAAGAGUUCUGCUGUUAGCUGGUAAAAAUUUGCUGUAGAGAAUUUUUGGAUUAAUUGUGUGGAUUAUUAGCGAAUAUAAUUUAAGUACCGUACUAAACCUUUACCAUCCAUGUGCUUUGUAGAUUUCAGUUUUGUCAAUGAGUGUGGUACAAGUAUUGGUGUGGCCAUUUUUUUAUUCAGUCUGCACAGAUUACAUUAAGUACGUAUUCCUUACAGCCCAAACGUCUUCAUAAUACGUAUUUAAUCUUAAGGGCUGAGAUUGGUGUGAUGUAGAGGGACAUUAAUACUUGAGUUACUGUGGGUGUGCUAUCAUUUCUCCCCCGCUUGUCAGCGAUAGGGGCGAAUCAUGACAGACUGACAGUUUUGUGACCCAUCUGAGCAAGUCAAGUGAAUGAAGCAAACUUUUGAAAACCGCGUGUUACUAAGGGGUCAGUUUUUAUUUUGUUUUGGAGGAUUGAAUUUAGAAGUAGGUCAUUAGUAAAACGUUUUUGUGGACUCUUUCAUUUUUGUGUGUCUUUUAUCUUAAGUUGCAGUGGCGUCAUGGCUGUACACUUGUAAUCACAUUACUUUUUGAGUAAUAAAAACUUUUUUUUUGUGAAA